AGGGCAUAGGGUGUAGGGUGUAUGGAGUAGGGUGUAGGGAAUAGGGCACAGGCAUGGUCACUUCUAAAUGACACUCACCCUCAAUCUCCAAAGCCCCCCUGCGGCUCCUCCAGCUCUGCCUCAGAUGCUGAACUCCUCCUCCUCUAGCAUCUCACACUUCCCUCUGAACUGGGAGUUAAAUAUGAACUGGUCACUGUGAAUCCCACAUCACCAGAGCUCUGCUGCUUCUCCACGGUACAAAAGCAUUAGCUGAGACAAAAGCAAGCUGAGACUUGAACCCCUCCUUUUUCGAGUCCAAGUCACCACUAACCAACGAAAAAACAUGGCUGCGAAUCUUGACCACUUGAGCCUAGAUAUCCUCAAUGACACAGCCUAUAUGUCUAAAAGAAGCAUCAGGAAGAUCUUCGUCAGCAAGACGAGGUAUGUGCCGGUGGAGAAAGAACCUAAUGCUAAUCCGAAAAGUCGUGGAGGGAUUCCGUCGCUAAACGGCGAAAAGGAAGCAUUGCCACCUGCUGAAUUGUCUGCUGCCGAUGGUCUGAAUCCAGUUUUCUUCAGUCUGGCUACAUCUGGUGGACAGUGUCUCUCCAAGAGGUUUGCUGAGCUGUCUUAUGGUGAACAACAAGAAAGAGCGUGUAGGGCUGAGGAAAUAAGCAAGAAAGCAAAAUCAGAGCCUGGACAGGUGCAGAGUUCUAGUUCUCCGGCCAGUCGUACAGGAGUGGAGGAGGAAGUGGCUGGCUCUACUGACAUCAGGAUCAGGGAGAAACUGGAGCAGGGCUGUGACUUGGCACCGGCCCCAGAAGUACGUCAACAUGUUGCAACAGCUAAAGCUACAGUGAAGGCAGCCAAGGAUAAUGAGCCAAGUAAAGCUAAUCGUGGGCCAUGCUUUGUCUUUAGUGCGAUGAAGAAACGUCAGGGGAUGGAGGUGGACGCCGAGAACCGCCCCUACAAAUGCACCUGCUGCCACUGGGCCUUUAAGAAGUACAGCAACCUCCUGAGUCACAUGGACACCCACAGUGGACUCAAGCCUCACGUUUGCGACAUUUGCGGAAAGGCCUACUCGCACCAGGGCACGCUUCAACAGCACAAGCGCUUGCAUACAGGCGAGAGGCCCUACGGCUGCCCCUUCUGCGACAAGACCUACACCUGGUCGUCCGACUACCGCAAGCACAUUCGUACGCACACUGGCGAGAAGCCGUACGCUUGCGAGGACUGCGGAAAGGAAUUUGUCCGCUCCUCUGACCUGCGCAAACAUGAGCGCAACAUGCACGCCAACGACAAGCCCUUCCCCUGCAAGAAGUGCGGCAAAACCUUCAACAAGCUGCUCUCGCUCAUGCGUCACGAGCGCACCCACAUGGGCGACAGACCUUUCCUCUGCCCCGAAUGCGGCAAAGCCUUCGCCGUGGCCAGUCGAAUGGCAGAACACCGCAAAAUCCACACUGGGGAACGGCCAUACUCCUGCCACAUGUGCUCCAAAUCCUUCACCAAGUCCUCCAACCUAGCGGAACACCUCAGCAUUCACACGGGGCUCCGCCCGCACAUGUGCUCAGAGUGCGGUUUGACCUUCGCCAUGCCCUCUCGACUGAUACGCCACCAGCGAACGCACACCGGCGUAAGGCCCUACGCGUGCCAGAGCUGCGAGAUGACUUUCAGCCGACCCACCGCGCUACAGCGCCACCUGCUGCAGCGGAGGUGUGAAAGACAAACAUCUGUGUGCUCUAAAAGUGAUUCGUCAUCCUCCUGUAGCUCCCAGUUCGCUGAUAACAUAUUCAGCCAUGACGCUGCAGAAUCGUCCGUUGAGCUAAACUGAUGUUUAUGGUUCCAACAAACAUUCGGUUAAACUCAGUUUUGCAAUGUACUUCAGAGUGAUUCUAGUUUCCUUGGGAUUUGUUUUGUCAUGUUUCAGGUUGUGGUUCAGUUGUGGUUCACUGUUAUCCACCUUAUUCCACCAAACCCAAGAGUUUCAACAGUUUGUUUUCUUCAGUUUGUGUUAGAAUUUCCGGUAAUUGUGUAUCAAAUGGUUUAUUCGACGCAAAUUUAAAGUGUCUGCAGUCUCAAGUGUUUAAAGUAGCUAACCUUACAUUCCAACAGGCUAUUUAAAAUUAUCUAGAGCUUUUUUUUUUGUUGCAUAGCUUAAAAAGUUUCAAAACAAUUUGAAAAAAAGAUGUGAGUGUUUUAGCUAUAUAUAUAUAUACAUAUAUAUAUAUAUA